UCUUGGGCGGGGAGGUUCUGAACUACCUCCGCGUCGAUACCCCGCGUGCCUUCCCCACCUCGGUCACGGUUCUGCGCGGCCGGUCUGCGCAUAUGACAGGCUGAGCUGCCUUCGGCCAGUUUCCCGGGGCUUCGAGACGGGACGGGGCGGGGAUGGGGACCUGGGGCCCCGGCGGCUGCCGUUUCGGUCGCUGAGAGCCAGCCCUACAGCCACAGUCCUUCCAACACGCUCGGCCUCUCCGCUUUCAGAGCACCCCCUCCCCGGAUGAGACACCGACUCGGCCGGGGGGGUCAGAUCCCCCGACCACUUUUUUCCCUCCUCUUCAGGGCCUUCCCCUUCCCAUCCCUGAGCCCGGCCUUCUUGGGUUUCCAGCCGGCCCCUCACCCUCAAAGCAGACGCGGGAUUGGAGGAGGGAGUUUGGCCAGGGAUGGGACUUAACAAACUCCUUGGGGACCUUGAUUCCCAGGGAACAAUGGCAGUGACCCAGCACGGAUUGGGAACCCAGUCAGGCAGCCCAGAAACAGGGAGAUUAUACAAACAGAUGUAAAGACCCACUUAACAACAUGUGUGAACCUGUCUACAAGGCUGGGACGGGAUAUGAGUUGCGAAGAAUCCAGCUUCAACCAAGUGGUGUAUCGGAAAAAGAUGCCAUCUCAGUGUUGGUUUGUGUUUAUUUUCCACUGACCCUAUGGGUGAAGAUAUCCUUGACCAUUACUCCAUCUGAAUAUGUUCCAGCUCAUCCGAUGUUACAUCACCAGGUUGAAAGCUAUGGAGAUCUCCACAAGGAUUUGGAGAAGAGUCCUAAUAAUUAUUAAAAUUCUGGACUAGAUCUACUAGGAAAGGUGAAGUAACCAUGAGUCUACUAGGAAGGAGAAAUUAUAAUGGUUUACUAAUGCUUUUCAAAUAUACAUGUCAACUACGUGCUGUGCCUUGGCAGAGAACUAAACACGAGAAAAUAGAUUUAUGAUCCCACCUAAAGGCCUUUAGGUGAGAACUAAGGAAGACGUGUGCUGAUAAUUAAACUUUAAGAAGAUUUAUUCAGGCAGGUCUUAGGAGAGUUUUUUUUUUAAGGUAGAUGUAAAUGUGUCCAUUUUAAGAAAAAAAACUAACUUUUUGAUCACCAAGAAGGGGCCUGACACUGUUUCAAUCACUUCUACAUAUAUUAACUCACUUAAUCCUUACAAUGACCCCAUGAGAUAGGUAUUACUAUCCCCAAUCUAUAGAAGUGAAAAUUAAAGUUCAAAGUUUAAGUAGUUUACUCAGAAUGAUAAAGCUGGUGGUGAGUGGCAAAACCAAGAUUUGAAUCCAGCUCUGUGUUGUCAUAUUCUUUCCACCACACCAGCCAGCUUCCCUUAAUUGAAAACUGGGUGAUGGGCCAAGGGACCAAUGAGACUCCACCUUCCUGAGCUCAUUCAAAGCAGAAACAGCAUCUUACUCAACCUUUUUUGCCACAUCUACCACAAUAUCUAACCCUUAGCAAGGAUUCAGUAAAUGUGUUUGAGUUGAAUUGAUGUGAAUUUGAUCCUCUCUGAAGAGGUAACAUUUAAGCAAAGACACCAAUGAAGAGGAGUCAGUCCUCUGAACAUAUUGGGGAAGAACAUUAAAAACAUAGAGAACAGCAAGUACAAAGACCCUGAGGUAGGAAGUUGCUUGGUUGUAUUUGGGGAACAGCCAGGAGGUCAGUAUGAGUGGAGCUAAGUGGGAGAGAAGGAGACAGGUAGGAAUUGUCUUUGGAGAAGAAGGCAGGGGUCAGAUCAUUUAUUGCCACUGCCACUCACUUUAAAAAGAUGAAUUCCCAGUAACACAUGAUCAACAGAUUAUGCUGCUUUACAAGAGAAAGGAAGCAUGAUUUAGCUGUUAGAAAUAACAAUUUAUUGAAUAACUAUUAUGUGCCAGGCAAAGGGGUAAGACAUUUAAGUGCAUUAUUUCAUUUAAUCCUCAUAUCAGUUCUACCAGGUUAGGUAUUGUCCCAGCUUUACAACUUGAGAAAAUGAGGAAAGAGCAAUAUGAAAUAACAUGGUUCACAAUUAGUCUGUGGCAGAGACAGGAUUUGACCCAGGUCUCUUUGACUCCAAAGCCAAAGCCUGCUCUUUUUACUAUAUCACAUUUUCUCACUUGAAAGACUAUGAAUAAAAAGGAAGAGAUUCAUGCAUGCAUGCAUUCCAAAAGUAGUUAUUGUUCAUUGCUAUGUGACAGACAUAGAAAUAGUAUUAAAAUGUAACACAGCAUUUUAAAAAAUUUUGUAUGAUUACAUUCUCAUCAGUCAUUUGUUUUUAAAACUUUGCAGGUAGAUGGACUAUAAGGCACUUGUCCAACAAACUGCUCAAGAAAUUUUAGGUUACUAUCAAGAUAUAUCAGGCUGGAAAGUGGUUAAGACUUCAAAAAAGAUAACUGUUUCCAGCAAGGCUUCUAAGAAAUUCCAUGGAAAUCUAUAUCGUGUUGAAGGAAUAAUUCCAGAAUCAACAUCUAAACUAUCUGAUUUCCUCUACAAACCUGAAAACAGGGUCACAUGGGACAAAUCAUUGAAAAUGUACAGCAUGGUACAAAAAAUUGAUUGGGACACAUUCAUAUGUCAUACCAUUACACAAAGUUUUGCCAUGGGCUCAAUAUCCCCCCGAGACUUUAUCGACUUAGUGUAUUUGAAGCACUGCGAAGGGAAUAUGGAUAUUAUCAGUUCUACUAGUGUGGAUUUUCCAGCAUAUCCUCCAUCUUCAAAUUAUAUCCGUGGUUGUAACCAUGCUUGUGGCUCUGUGUGUUCACCUCUGCAAGAGAACCCAGCAUAUUCCAAACUAGUGAUGUUUGUCCAGACAGAAAUGAGAGGAAAAUUGGCCCCAUCAAUAAUUGAAGCAACCGUGCCUUCCAAUUUAGUAAGCUUCCUCCUCAAUGUAAAGGAUGGAGUAAAACACAAAAUUCCAUCAGGACGUGGAUGUCAUCAUAAUGGGCAUUCGUCAUUCCUAAAGAAGAAAUGA